AUGGCUAGCAUUGGCAAGCUGUACGGAACGCCUGGCGCUUCCAAAGUGAUGCGCGUUAUGGCUGCAGCCAAGAUCAAUGGCUUGGAGUUGGAGCUCGUGACUACGAAGCCUGUGGAAGACUCCCACAAGCCUGAGUUUUUGGCCAAGUUCCCUCAGGGCAAGGUGCCUGCAUUCGAAGGCUCGGAUGGGUUCUUGCUGACGGAGUCGCGCUCCAUUUUGAGGUACAGUACGUAUUGA